GAAGACGAAGAUGAUGACGUUGCGCAAGCGGUCAGCUUGAAACUGUGCGGUACUGUUUUCAAAGACGAUUCGCUUGCUGUGAUGAGUUGUUUACAAUUUAGUUAAUUGCUUGCAAUUGUGAAAUAAACACGAGUUAUAAAAAAUGUCGUUAGUGAACGAGGAAUUGAUUGCAGCUAUUUUUGAAAAACCUUCAUUGUGGGAUCAGCAAAAUAAAUAUUACUACAACCGCUGUGUUGUUGAACGAAAUUGGAAUGAAAUUGCGAUGGCUUUAAAUCAAGACACUGCAAUAAUAAAAAAGAAAUGGAAGCAAUUGAGAGACACAUUCCGAACUGAGCUGAAAAAGAUUCCACCUGAACGUUCAGGCGACCCAGGACCAGGCGGCUCUAAAGGAAACGCUUCACAGUGGCCACAUUUUACGUCAAUGCUUUUCAUUAGAGAUCAGAUAAAAUGUCGAAAGUCGUCGGGGAAUCUGACUCAGCAAAAACCAUUGGAGAAAAGUAUUUAUAUUGAAGAUGAGGAUAACAACAGUAGUAUCGAUAUGGACAUUAAUAAAACACCGAAGGGCCAAGGAAGCAAGGAAAAUUAUAGCGUCGAAAACAGCAUGAGUACUUUUGAAGUAGAGACACCCAACACCUCACAAAGUGCACGUAAAAAACUUAAGCGAAAUGAUGAAGUGAAUGCUGAAAUAAUUAAAAUCGAAAAAAGAAAACUUGAUCUAUUGGAACAGAAAUCAAAACAGAAGAUACAAACUGAUGAUGAGGAUAUGGCUUUCUUUGUGAGUUUGUUGCCACACAUUAAAAAAAUGGACAAAAACUUCUCUGCAGAAUGGAAAUACAAAAAUCUGUUUACAACUUUGCCUAUAAAAACGGGUGCUCCUCGUCGCAAUACGCAAACCCAUACGUCCAGUCGCCAGCCAUUCUGGAAUCGAAAUCGACGCAAUUUUCCGAAAAUCCACAAGACCAUGUAAAAUAUAUUUCAGAAGA